AUGUAUCUUUAGAACUCAGAGUACAAAAUGAUUUCAAAUCUUGGUUUAAGUUCAGAUCAUGUUGUCUUAAAGGCUUAGCAUAGUGAGACUUAAAAUGUAUAUGCUAUAAAGAUUGAAAAAAAACCAGGAAUUGGGUAAGUGGAGACUGAAGUUUAGAUUCUUUAGUAGCUAUUUGGUAUAGAGGGAAUACCUAAAUUAAUCUAAUAUGGUAAGACCAAAGAUUUUAAGUACUUUAAACAUUUAACUUAGAAAUUAUCUAAUCAUACCACUGCUAAAUUGCAGUUUAUAAGAUCUAGGAAAGACAAGCUUACUUUCCUAGAACAGCAUACUAGCAAUAGGGUUAACUGUGAUAAGAACAAUUAAAUAAGUUCAUAACAAGGGAAUAUUGCAUCUUGAUAUUAAACCAUAGAACAUAAUGAUAUCACAACGAUAAAUAAUUGACUCAGUAGAAUAAAUUCUCAUACCUGGGAAUGUCUAAUUGAUCGAUUUUGGGUUAUCUUAAAAUUUAGGAAAUCAAAAGUUCUUAAAAGAAACCUUUAUUGGUUCAAUAAGAUUUGCCAGUCGUCAAUCUCAUAAAAAGGAAUAGCUGGGUUAUAAAGAUGAUCUUGAAAGCCUACUUUAUGUUUUAGCAUACUUAAGAAAAAGUAAUUUAAAUAAUACCCCUAGAAAAAUUACCGUGGCAACAGACCUAACAAAAAGCUUUUUAAUUAAUGGAUAUUAGAAGGAUCGGUAUUAUAAAAGAUUAGGUUUAUGAAACAAGUAUGCUUUCCUAAUAAUUUCCCCCUUAAUUUUAUCAGUUUUAGCUAUAUAUUGAUACCUUAACACCUUCCUAGAUGCCGGAUUAUAAUUACAUAGAAGAAUUAUUCAAAUAAAUGCUAUAAUUAAAUUAACCUUCAAUAACACCAUCUUUCCCGAAACCUUCUCCUUGUUUUUCAAAAUACAAAGAAUUAGAAGAUUAAGACUACAUUAAAUUGAGCGAAUCAGUCUCCAGUGUGGAUGGAGAUGCAAGAGCGAUAAUAAUCUCUGAUUUAAUAAAAGCUUACACAACUAUAGGAAUUAAAUCCAUAAAAGACAUUCAAUUUGAAUAGCAAUCACGAAAAUCUACUGAAUAAUAUUGA